AUGUUCGCCCCUAGUAACGGAGGACAGUCCGCUGAUGCGGAGUACUUGGGUCUAAUGCCGCUGAAUAGUGAUCGCAUUCGCCACUCCAAACCGACGGACACUUUCGUGGCAGUAGUCACACCUGAUGAUCGUGUAUCAACAAGAUUCCUCUGGAACCCUAAAAACACCUAUCCACGUAUGUUCACCGACGAUUCUAACAGCAUGACACUGUUGUUCUGCGCGAAUCACGAUUGCAAACAUCUCGACGGUCUUGCGGUAGCUAUCCAUGCUGGUUGCGCUCGCAUGGCUACUCGCCUUGGAAGUCCACUCAACAAAUAUCGACAUUGUACGGAAUAUUCUUACCAGCCAACCAAGGAAUACCAACGUCGACGAAGGGAUUGUAUUCGGGAUCUGGUCGAGAACUCCCUUCGUCAAACAUUCGGGAAACUACCGCUUGAGCUUUGGAAAAUAGUUUCUGAUGACGAUGACCUGAUCAAGCUAUACACCCUGGCAGAGAUGUCUUUUAAACGUAGGCAGAUGUACUGGUCCGUUGACUUGACACUUCCAGUAUGGGCAACAUAUACCGCGAUCGAUGGAGUGGAAUACAUGAGCUCGUUGUCCAGCUCGCCAACCGCCCGGGCCCGUCUCGUCUGUCAAGGCAUCAAAGCGGACAAAGUCUUGUACAUAUCAAGCGACCAUCUCGGUAUCAGACAAAUCCUAACAGACCCAAGUCAGGCCAUGCUUGACCCAUACCAUCCUGCCUACUGGCAGACGGUGUCUGCUGAGAGCCAAACCCUUUCUUUCGAUGGAGAUGGUUAUAAACUUCGCGAAGUGGUAAGGCCGCCCGAUCAAGCACCAGUAUUCUGGCCAAGUCCAAAUAUACCACAACCUCUGGCCCUCUUUUAUCCAGGCUGGGGCGAAGGUGAGAUUGUGGCAAGAAUGAAGGCUCUCACUUUCAACGAACCAGAUACCACAGGUUACUCGAUCUGUUGGGCUAGCACCGAGAUGGAUGCUAUCCAGGCACACAGAAAACCCAACGAAUGCAACAGAAGUAGCGGUGCCACCGGCAGGGAAAGCUUGGAAUACGAAGAAUCGGGCAACUUGAAGUGGACGUACCAUCCUAUCGCACAGGACGAGUACGUGAAGCAGGUCUGGCUACGUGAUUGUGUCCCGUACGAUACCGUCGAAGAACUCCCAUACUGGAAUCAAGAUGACCGUUACUUCUAUCACAUGUCUACGCCUUGGGGUACACAAACGUACAAGGGCAUGGCAAAAAACAGGAGACCUAGCGAUAUGGCUCUUGCACUUGUCACUAGCAAAGGCCGUACCAUAGUGGCGGGAAAUCACCCAGAUCAUGGGUUUCACCAGCCUGAAUUCGAACGAAAGCGCACAUGGUAUUUAGUAUCCGAAACAGAGACCCAUGCUCCCAUGGCGAUAUUCCUCGCUCUACCGACCCACGGAAUUCCUCUCUUCGCGGCAUCUAAAUUGCCAGGUAGCGAACAAAGGCAACCGCCGCCGAAACAGAAUUGUUUCGGUCGCAUGCCGAGUUUCAACCCUUACUUCUCGAUGCACUACUCCUCAGCCUCUCUAGAGAACGUCACCAGCGUUACCGUCUGCAGAAGCAGAAACGUGAAGGAUAAAUGCAGCACAGUUCAACAUUUCGAUUUGGAAAACAGCUGUUUCGACAUGAUAGAAUACAAGAAGGUCGCGGGACUGCUGUUCAAGUACGCGGAUGGUCAUGAGGAGAGCGUGGGUUGUUUUCGCUUUGACUGGGUCGAACCGCCGGUUGAUACGAGGGGUACAAAAGGCUUGUUCAUAGGAGAGAGACCGGGUAAGAUUGAACAGAUAAAGUCUCAUGUCGCAGAUGUGGAUAUCCAACCUCCGAAGGGGAAGACUGAAUGGACUUGGAUGGAAAUACCUUGGGAUGGAACAAUCGAGUGGUGGUUCAAUCCUGAGAAUCUCGAUACUAGCAUCACUCAUGUUGGCUCACAGCUCCUUGCAAAGGCCGAUAAAGAACCAUCAGCGAGGCUAUUGUAUGAAGAGGAUGCGUUCAAUGAAUCAGAAUGA